GGUAACUCGGCCUGAGGACUAUAAGUGAUGUAUGGAAGUGGAAGGGACCGCCAGUUGAAUCACAGCGAGGCUCUGUGAUACGCGCAAGCACUAAGCCUGUCACAACACCGGCUUCUCCAUUCAUCAUGUUGGUAAGUAGUACGUUACGUGCCGUGCUAUUAGCUGUCUGCGUGUCCCUGGCCUGGUCGGACACGCCGGCCAACUGCCUGUACGAGGACAUCCGCGGCACAUGGACCUUCCAGGAGACGGAGCGGUCGGGCGACAGCAGCCUCAGCUGCGACGAACUCGGGCCCGUCGUCCACACCAAGACCUUCACCCUCAGCUUCCCCAACAAUGUCAUGGACGAGUUUGGAAACGAGGGAACAUGGACUAUGAUUUACAACCAAGGUUUCGAGGUUAACAUCAACGAAAGGUCGUACUUCGCCUUCUCCUACUACGAGGGUGACUUUACCUCGUCCACCUCCUACUGCGACCGCACCUUCAGCGGCUGGUCACGUGACAAAACCGUCAGGAACUGGUCUUGCUUCAGUGCUCAAAAGAACACUAAGACGACCCCAAGAGUGAGCCGUAAAAUAGCGACGCCCCUAUCAACCCGGGCCUUCAAGAACGACCUCAAGAUGGUGGAGGAGAUCAACAGCUCUCAGACGUCGUGGCAAGCAAAGGUCUACCCUCUGCAUGAGAAGUACUCAGUCGAAGAGAUGUUCCUCCGCGGAGGAGGUCCCGGCAGCGUCCUCCCCAACCCCCCUUCCCCCGCCCCCGCGACCCCUGAGCAGAAGACCCGCGUCUCCUUCCUGCCGGAGAACUUCGACUGGCGUGACGUGGAGGGCGUGAACUACGUGAGUGCCGUCAGGGACCAGGCUUCGUGUGGCUCCUGCUACACCUUCGCCUCCAUGGCUCAGCUGGAAGCGCGCCUGCGAAUGGUCACCCGCAACCAGCGCCAGGACGUCUUCUCAACGCAGGAUGCCGUGUCGUGCUCCGUGUUGUCCCAGGGCUGCAUGGGCGGCUUCGCCUACUUGAUCGCCGGACGCUACGCCGUGGACCAGGGCGUCGUGGCCGAGGAGUGCAAUCCUUACACUGCACUUGACGACCCUUGUGAUACGGACACCAGUUGCGCGCGCACCUACGUGAGCGAGUACGAAUACGUGGGCGGUUACUACGGAGCGUGCAACGAGGAGCUCAUGUUGCAGGCACUGGUGGAGAAGGGCCCUUUGCCCGUCGGUUACAUGGUGUACGACGACUUCUACAACUACGGUGGAGGAAUCUACCACCACACUGGUUUCAAGAACGACUUCAAUCCCCUCGAGGUAACAUCUCACGCCGUCCUGCUGGUUGGCUACGGCGUGGACAACGCUACAGGCGAGAAGUACUGGACGUGCAAGAACUCGUGGGGCGCGGACUGGGGCGAGGACGGCUUCUUCAGGAUCAGGAGAGGAAGCAAUGAGUGCUCCAUCGAGUCCAUGGCCUUUGAUGCUACUGUCAUUCCCUAAAGAGGACCCUGUUAGGAACGUUAGAUAGUUUUUUGUAUUGCACGUGGAAUAAUAACCUUUUCCUGGU